AUGCUAGUCUUUUCGUGUUCUUAUCCCGGAGCAGAUCCAGCCCUGUCAUCUCCUGGUGCCCCAGAGCUGUAUCAGGAUGAAACUCAGAUGGUGGAGGUGCUGGCUGCCAAUGGCAAGCACAGUCUGAGUUGGGAAAGUCCCCAAGGACCGGGAUGUGGGCUCCAGAACACAGGCAACAGCUGCUACCUGAAUGCAGCCCUGCAGUGCUUAACACACAUACCACCUCUCACUGACUACAUGCUGUCCCAGGAGCACACUCAGACCUGUUGUUCCCCAGAAGGCUGUAAGAUGUGUGCUAUGGAAGCCCAUGUGACCCAGAGUCUCCUGCACUCCCACUCAGGGGAUGUCAUGAAGCCCUCCCCGAUUUUGACCUCUGCCUUCCACAAGGACAAGCAGGAAGAUGCCCAUGAGUUUCUCAUGUUCACCUUGAAAACCAUGCAUGAAUCCUGCCUUCGAGGGCCCGGCCAAUCAGAAGAGGAAUCCCCCUCUGAGGACAACUCCCUGAUUCAUGACAUAUUUGGAGGCUGGUGGAGGUCUCAGAUCAAGUGUCUCCACUGCCAUGGCACCUCAGAUUCCUAUGAUCCCUUCCUGGACAUCCCCUUGGAUAUCAGCUCAGUUCAGAGUGUGAAGCAAGCCUUACAGGAUAUAGAGAAGGCAGAAGAGCUGUGUGGGGAGAAUGCCUACUACUGUGGUAGGUGUAGACAGAAGAUGCCAGCUUCCAAGACCCUGAGGGUUUAUAGUGCCCCAAAGGUACUCCUGCUUGUGCUAAAGCACUUCUCGGGCUUCACGGGUAACAAGUUGGACAGAAAAGUAAGCUACCCGGAGUUCCUUGACCUGAAGCCAUACCUGUCCCAGCCUGCUGAUGCACCUUUGCCUUAUGCCCUCUAUGCCGUCCUGGUCCAUGAUGGUGCAACUUGUGACAGUGGACAUUACUUCUGUUGUGUCAAAGUCAGCCAUGGGAAGUGGUACAAGAUGGAUGAUACUAAGGUCACCACGUGUGAUGUGACUUCUGUCCUGAAUGAGAAUGCCUAUGUGCUCUUCUAUGUGCAGCAGACGGACCUCAAACAGGUCAGUAUCGACAUGCCAGAGGGCAGAGAACAUGAGGUUCUUGACUCCGAAUACCAGCUGAAGAAAUCCUGGGGAAAAAAGCAGCAGAAGGAAAGCUCUUACACAGAAGAUGCAGGAGAGCCCUGCAGAAACAGGGAGAAGAGAGCAACCAAAGAAACCUCCUUAGGGGAGGGGAAAGUGUUUCAGGAACAGAACCACAAGAAAUCUGAGCAGAAACACAGCAACACUGAAAUCGUGCCUCAGGAACUGAACCACCAGAAAGCUGGGCAGAAACAUAAGAACACCGAAAUCAUGCCUCAGGAACUGAACCUCCAGAAAGUUGGGCAGAACCUCAGGAAUACCGAAGGCGAACAUGAUCUGCCUGCCAAUGCAAUUGUGAUUCACCAACCCAGAUCCACAGCAAACUGGGGCAAGGAUGCUCCAGACAGGGAGAAUAAACCCUGGCACAAUACUGACAGGCUCUUCACCUCUCAGGGCCCUGUGAACACUGGGCAGCUCUGUAGUCAGGGAGGGAGGCGAAGAUCAAAGAAGGGGAAGAACAAGAACAAGCAAGGACAGAGGCUUCUGCUUGUUAGCUAGUGCUCACCCACCCACUCACACUGGCUCCUGU